AUGCGUUUUCAGUUAGUAGCUCUCGUCUUCUUUGCUUCAACUGGCCUGGUCAAGGGCCUAAAUGGAAGGAGACACCAGGAAAUCCACAAACGUGCCACGGCAACGAGCGGCGAUGACACCAGUCUUACCCUUGCACAAAACGCCAUUGCAAGCGGCUCAUUCAGUGACGGACUCACUGAAAUUGGUGGUAAUGAGGCGUUCGAGGUCGCUUCUGCGACUUCACAAAACAACUUCAUAAACUUUUGCGCAGGAGAAACUCUUACCAAUGGUCUUCAGAUUGUAACAGGAUCUUGUAAUGGAAUCCCGAUGGGUCAAAUUCCCGCGAAAAACAAAAUGAUGUCGUCGAUCAUUACAUUCCCUUUGGCUGGUAGCGCAACGAUAAAAUCUGAUACGACAUUCAAUAUUACUGUUCAAAUGUCCAACAUCACUCCAGGUUCCUUUUCUAAUGCGGAUUCCACUUACUUCUCUGCUCCACAGCAGCUUGAUUCAUCCGGAAUAGUGAUUGGGCAUACACACGUAACCGUGCAGGAUAUGGGGUCCAGUCUCAACCCCACUGAAACUUUGGAUCCCACUCAAUUCGCCUUUUUUAAGGGUAUCAAUGAUGCUGGAAACGGCCAAGGACUUCUUUCGGCUACUGUUAACGGCGGCUUACCGGCUGGUAACUAUCGUGUAUGCACGAUGGCUUCAUCAACUAAUCAUCAACCUGCAAUCAUGCCGGUUGCCCAGCGAGGUACAGCAGAUGAUUGUACUAAAUUUACUGUCAUCGGAUCCGGAACUAUAGCAAAUGCUGCGUCUAAUAAUGGUUCUGGUGGUCAAGCGGCUGCAGCUUUAGCAGCUAGCGCAGUCGCGGCCGGUUCGGAAAACACCAACCCAGUGGCAAGCUCCUCCGCAAGGUCGAUAAAAUCAGCUUCAUCUUCUUUCUCUGCAGCGAAAGCGUCCAAAACUACCGCUUCCAGCAUCGCAAAAAGUGUACCUUCCAUUACAUUAUCAUCGGUACCUGCCUCGAGUAGCACAUCACCUGCCACCUCUUCUUCUGCAGGCUCCUCGGCUUCCGCACUAGGAGGUAUAGCGGCACCACCUAUCACCAACAGUGGAGAUUCAGCUCGUCCUUUCUCGGUCAAUGGUAAUACAUUUGUGAAUGAAGCUGCCGCUUUACAAAGAAGUUGCGAUAUACAGUUCAAUGCAUGUGCGGAUGCAUUCAAUGGUGGGAAAGCAAAUGGUUUUAGCAUGAGUGACUGUCAGACGCAAGAGAAUUCAUGUCUAGCUGGGUAG